UGGUGGUUUGUAGAUACAGGAAUAUAUAAUGGAUGCGUUAUAAUUAUGGCAUGGGGUUCUAUUCAUCGUUAUUUAUUGAUAUUUCAUGAUCGAUUAUUUUUGAUUGCAAAAAAGCGUUUUCUUUAUCACACGAUGCCUCUUUUCAUAUUGAUCCUAUAUAUCUUUAUAUUUUAUAUAGUUGUAAUAAUAUUUCCACCAUGUUCAAAUACGUAUGAUUAUACCUUACCUGUUUGUGGUGAGUAUCCAUGUUAUUUAGAUAUACCUUUACUUGGUAUAUGGGACACAGUUAUAAAUAGUAUUAUACCAACUACAAUAAUUACUAUUUUUAGUAUAAUUGUACUGGCUCGUGUUUAUAUUCAAAAACGACGUCUUAAUCGAGCUAAUCGAUGGCGUAGACAACGUAAAAUGACAAUUCAGUUAUUCUCUAUCUGUAUUUUAUAUUUAGCGGCGAAUGUUCCACUCAAUCUUAUUAUUUUUGGUCAUAUUUGCGGUCUACCCUAUCACUUUGGUGCAGAUGUACAAGUUUACGCUAAUUAUCUCUGUUAUUUCGUUACUCUUCUAUUUCCAUUUGUCUGUCUUAGCACUCUCUCCGAAAUGCGCAAAAAGCUGCAAUGGAAAGGUUUACUUUUAUUUCGACGAUCACGAUACACUGCGACGAUCAAUCCUAAAUAG